UCAGUUGCGGACGCAGGUGAUGUCUGCAGUGAGCUCCGCCCUUCAGUGCAACCGUCUCUUGACCGAAUGUCUCAGUCAAGGUGCACUCUUAUCACAAUAAACGAGUUAUUUCGGACGUUUCUCCAUCAGUGUUCUUUGAUGCUAAAUUACUGAACUUAGUGUUUACUUUGUAGUACAUAAUUCAUAGAGAUUAUCGUUUUCCCUUGUUUAGUGGCGAAGCAAGGCCGAGGAUCGCUGAAGGAGGUCAAGUUAUAGCUGACAACAUGGACAGCAACGGUAGCCAAUGUUUCUGUCUGCGCUGGAACAACUUCCAGAGCAGCGUGGUGACAGUGAUGCGCACGCUACUGCAGGACAGAGCCUUCCUGGACGUCACGCUGGCCUGCGAUGGCCGCAGUCUGCAGGCUCAUCGUCUCGUGCUCGCAUCCUGCUCUGAUUUCUUCAGUGACGUACUUAAGGAGAACCAGACGGAACAUCCCAUCAUUUUCUUGCGGGAUGUGAGCUUCUGGGAACUGGAAGCCAUCAUGGACUUCAUCUACAAUGGCCAGGUAAACAUCAUGCGGGAACAAUUGCCAGGCUUCAUCCGCACAGCGUGUGCACUGCAGAUCAAAGGACUCGCGGCCGUUAAUAACAACAACAGUCCAUUUAAUUUCAAUAAUAACAGCUGCAGUCCCACAAGCACCAGCAACCCAUUCAGUUUUAACAGCUCCAUCAGUUCCAAUAACGAAAUAAACAGCUUUUUAAAUUACAACAACAACAACAUCAACAGUGUUAACAAUAACAUUAUUGCCGCUGUUAACAAUAACAAUAAUGAUUCAAAAUUUAGCAAUAGACAACUAGAACCUAUGGCUCUAGACACCAAGUUUAGGGUACGUUCUCAGAGCCCUAGAGCUUCCCCUCCUAUCGCUGCCUCCCCUCCCACUACCCCAAGCUUUAAGAAGAGAAGGCAUGACUCCCCCAUUCCUCUUCCCCUUUCAUCCCCACGUUUCGGGGACCCUGAAGGUCCCCCCAGGUCCCUGGAUGAGGACGGUCCCAAUCUCAAGUCCUCGUCCCCUUUCGGUAUCACUGAUACCAUCCAGUCCCUCGCGUUCUCAGCAGCGAACUCUGCGGUGGGCAACACGAUGACGAGUGUGGCGAGCAUGGCCAGCAUCUCGGUAGCGAAGGCGAUCUCGCUCUCUAAACUUGUCCACGAAAUAUCCUCGCAAGCCUCCAUUGCCAGCCUCAAGUCUGCCUCUCUGCCUCCUCAUCACACCAGCCUCCCUCCUGACGAACUUGUUAACGGCGACCUACAGCCUCACACACCGCCUCCCCAGCAGCCUCUGCCUCAUCUCCCCUCAGCCCAUCUCCAUAACACGAAAGACUGGGCAUCAAGCAAGAACGAGGACGGCUUCCCCGCGUGUUCGCUGUGUGGUAAAGUCUUCAAGCAUCAGGGCUCAUUGGUGGCGCACUAUCAGGUUCACCAGCAGCGUACCAAGUGCCCGGUGUGCCAGAAGGUGUUGUCCCGCCACUACCACAUGAAGGUUCAUCUCCUGACGGUGCACAAAGUCCCGGACUCUGAGAUAGACUCGCUUCUGAGAACACAAUGUGUCUGAUGUGCUGUCAAGUUAACACAAUGUGUCUGAUGUGCUCUACUCUAGUUCUUCCUUGCCUUGUUCAGGAUUCCUUGAAUAUCCUGUACAGAUAUUGAGUUUUCUGGCUCUGAUUACGCGAGGUGUCGGAAAUUAUCUAUUAAUAUUCCAUGCCAGUGGAACGUUUGUGGUGCUAUUGUACAGAUUUCGGGGAGCGUGGGAAAAUCUAGUUGAUGGGAAAUUUUAUUUGUGAGGUCCUGUUAGACAUGCAGAAUAUUUUGCAUUGCUCUAACAAUAGUAAGUACAAGAUCGGAAAUGCGGAAGUGAACGACACCGUUUAUUGUGUUCAUGGCCAUAAUGGAAGGGUUGGCUAAAUUUUUAGAUUGCAUUUGUUCGAAUUUUGAUCGCGAAUCAAAAAGCCUAAAUACAUUAUUUUAAUUUCGAUCUGGUAUAUAGGGCUCAUUCGAAUGAUUUUUGCAGCCUUAAUUUUUUCGUGCAAUAUUCCGUGCCUGGUAAUUUUUGUAGAAUUUUUAUGGAGUAAAUAUUUAUGUCGAGUCAAGAUUUUCUUGGUUUACUUCUAUACGUUGACUGAGGAGUGCAUCUCUGCAUUUAAUGUGAACUGUUUUAUUUUAUUAUUUCUGUACCAAAUUGAAGAAAUU